GUAGUAUUAAUGUUCCCCAACCAACCCAGCUGAACUACCAGGUUGGGGAAGUAUAUGGAGACCGCCAUGUUGAAUUACUUGUCAAUUGGAUGAAGACAAACGUAACUGAUCUUGUUAGUUGUCAGCAACUUUGAAAAAUCUUUCCCUCAAGGUUUUUAAGUGAAAAGGAUUACUAUAUUUAUAUCUUGUCAGCAGACCGUUAGGAUAAUAAUGUCUUAGAUAGACAAUAUUUUUCUGAAAAAAGAAAAAAAAAAUAGAGGGCAUGAAUUGACCACUCUGUCAUUGUAGGAGGUUGACUGUACUUGUCAUAUAGAACUUGAGGAGAGAACUAAUUCUGUAAAACAAUGGCAUGAUCACAUUCUCUUUCUCUGCUUCUUGGUUUGCAGUACCAUGGACUUCACAGGCCUUUAUACUGCUUGCACUCUUUUAAUGCUGGGUGUUCAAAUAUCAGUCCUUGUAUGUCAUGGCUUGGCAUGCAAUUCAAGUGACCUGAGAGCCUUGAAUGGUUUCUCCAGUUGUUUGGACUCAGAGAUCAGUGGUUGGAACAUGUCAAGUUCUGAUUGUUGUACUUGGAGUGGUGUCACUUGUGAUGAUACCGCGACUUCAAGCAGAAGGGUUGUCGGCUUAGAACUGGGGAGCAGAAGACUCACUGGAACUAUCUGUGAGUCCAUAGCAAGCUUGAACCAUCUAAGAAUCCUCAAUCUGUCUCACAAUUUCCUUCAUGGUUCCCUUCCUACUGAGUUGUUUCAUCUUCCGAUUUUGGAGGUCCUCGACUUGAGUUACAAUUCUUUUGGAGGUCAUAUCCCAUCAAGCAGUGACCUACCUUCCAUCUGGUAUCUGAACAUUUCGAAGAAUAACUUUAUUGGCUCUGUCGAUGCAAGCUAUUGUAAAGCUUCACGUCGAAUCCAAGUUCUCGACCUUUCGCAGAACCAGUUUACCAGACAAAUUCCAACAAGUAUACAGAACUGCAGCGAUCUGCAUCAUCUUUAUCUAGACAGAAAUAACUUAUCAGGAAGCUUUCCUGACAGUCUCUUCCACCUGCAAAAUCUUCAAGUGCUGCAUCUCCAAGAUAACUGGUUCUCUGGUCCACUCAAUGAUUAUAUUGGUAAUCUCUCUAACCUUGUUGAACUGGACAUCUCCUUCAAUUUCUUUUCAGGAGUUAUUCCAGAUGUAUUUGGAAGACUUGGAAAGCUUGAGCAGUUCUCUGCUGGUUCAAAUGACUUCACUGGCUUAUUGCCCACUUCCCUUGUGAACUCUGCAUCACUCUUCAAGCUUGACUUGCGCAAUAACACCUUAAAUGGUCCGAUAAAUCUCAAUUGUUCUGCAAUGAUCCAUCUGAACUUCCUUAAUCUUGGCAGUAAUCGUUUCCAUGGUCCAAUCCCUUCAAGUUUUUUUUCUUGCCAGAAAUUGACUACUUUAAAUCUUGCACGCAAUAAUCUGAAUGGUGUACUACCCUUUUCCUUCAAGAAUCUCAGAAAUCUCAGUUUUCUUUCACUGUCGAACACUGGACUCAGUAAUAUCUCAGCAGCCCUAGCAAUCCUGCAACAUUGCAACAACUUAACCACGCUGAUUCUUAGCAUUAACUUUAAGAAUGAACAAAUGCCAGAAAGUGUCAACUUGCAGUUUAGAAACCUCAAGGCUCUCAUUAUUCCUGCUUGUGGACUCAGAGGUUCAAUUCCUGUGUGGCUGAGAGGUUGCAACAAGUUGCAACUUUUGGAUUUGUCAUGGAACCAUUUGGAGGGGCCAAUCCCUUUUUGGACAGGCAGGUUCAAAAAUCUCUUCUACUUAGAUUUAUCGAACAAUUCAUUCAUCGGAGAGAUCCCGGAAAGCUUGACUGAACUGUAUAGCCUUGUUUACAUGAAUGUCUCAUUUGAAGCAUCACCCCAAGAUAUCCCACUUUUCCACAGCCAUUUGCAGUACAAAACAGUUUGGAGGUUACCACCAUCGCUGGACCUAAGUGAUAACAUGCUCAACGGGCAAAUUUGGCCGAGUUUCGGCAAUAUGAAGCAACUUCAUACUUUGAAUCUGAAAGGAAAUAAUCUUUCAGGCCCCAUUCCAGGAAGUUUAUCAGGGAUGUCGAGUUUGGAAAGUUUGGAUUUUUCCAACAACAAACUAUCAGGAGAAAUACCCCAUUCCUUGGUGCAGCUCAGUUUCCUAUCAAACUUCAGAGUGGCAUAUAAUCAACUGUGUGGGGAAAUCCCAACAGGAGGUCAAUUCAUCACUUUUCCAGCCUCCAGCUUCGAGGGAAACAAUGGUCUCUGUGGUGGAAAUCUUGCUCCAUGUCAUCCCACACAGACCCCUGCUGAGCCUGAAAGUGACAACACUGAUGAGCCUCCCAGCGAAGGAACCAUACUUGCAGGGUUUCCAUUUACAAUUGGAGUUAUAGCCGGCUAUAUUCCGGCCUUUGCCAUCUCCUUCGUGUCCGGCUCCUGAUCACCGCUACGGCGCUACUUUCUAACAUCAUUCAUCAUGUUGCUGAAGUUCCCUGUUAAUGGAAUAACAUUAAUACGCUCACCAGCUUCAUGGCCUUGCCGAGGGAAACGUUGCUCUGAUUAAAAA